ACAUGGAAGGCGAGGCCGUUUAUCACGAGGUGCCGCUUGAUUCGGAGAGAAAAGUCGGUCACAAUCAGGAUGCCCAAAAGGGUUGAAAAGGGGAAAGCGGAAUAUCGUUGGCUGUUGAUCGCCUUCAUUGUCAGCAUCGUCUUGCAAUUAGUCGCCGUUUUAGCCACCGCCCUACUCGUCUACUUCCUUCUCGAAGCCAAAGUAACUAACUUGGAAGAGAAGAUCGCCGCAAACAACGACCGCUUUCAACAGAUGAACGACACGCUGAAUAGUCACCGAUGCGCCAUUGCACGUUUGAAUUCAGCUAAAUUGACUCAAUUGUCCAACGGAAAGAAAUAUUUCUUCUCUUAUCCAAUUUACGUAAAUUGGACUGAGGCUGAGAAAAGGUGCAAGCGGAUGGGCCUGCACCUGGCCACCCUGAGAAACGAAACCGACCUGAACGCGACCGUGGCAGAAGCAGAGAAAAGGGCCAGUCAUGGGUUUGGUUGGUGGUUAUCUGCCAAAAAUUACGGCAACGAAGGAAAAUACGACGUUCGCUGGCACGACGGCUCAGAGUUGGAGCAAAACAGCACCUUGUGGAGGGCCAAUGCUGACAAACUCACGGGCUGCGUCUAUUUCUACACUAAUUACACCGAAAAAUUGAACGGCUGGUCGUGCAGUCACAGAUUAGAUUUCAUUUGCGAAUUGCCAAGCGAAUGUUACUGAAAUCAGACAUUUGUUGAUUUGAUUAUCAAUUAACACUCGGCAUAUCUGAAGUCAAAAUUUUUUUAAAGUUUUUUCGAAAGAAACUGCAAUGACUUUGAGAAAGUUUGCAAUUGUGGCAUCAAAUCCACUAAAUUACUGAAUUUGAAUCAAUUAUAAUAUUUCUAAACUUUGGCGCAACAUAAGAUUAUUGAAAUUAAAUAUCUUUCAUUCAUAUUACUUAUAAUGAGUUUAUAUUUAAUUUAAUUGAUCAAAUAUAAAUUGUAUUUAUUUCAUAAGUUUCAUAAACUGAAAAUACAAAAAUAAAAUUACAUUAGUAGACUUAACAAAAAAAAUUGUAUUUGAUAAUUUAACCUGCAAUUGCUGAUUAUAUUCUUAAUUACAAUAUUGUGUGCGAAUAUAUUAAUGUGUUACAAUUCGUU